AUGUUCGGCCUCCGCUCCGCCGUUCGUGCCCGUGCGCAGGCCCGCGCCUUCAGCACCUCUGUCAGGCUCGCCGCCGACGCACCCAAGGUCCCCGUCGCUCUUAUCGCCAAGCUCCGCAAGGAGAUCCCCGUCCCCAUGGGACAGGCCCGCGAGGCUCUUGAGAAGACCAACCUCGACCUCCAGGCUGCCGUCGCUUAUCUGAACUCGGCGGGUGGUGCGUCUGCGCAGAAGAAGGCCGACAAGGUCGCCGGACGCAGCACCGACGAAGGAACGAUCGCCGUCUCGCUCCUUGGCGGCAAGCGCGUCGCGAUGGUCCAGCUCGCCUGCGAGACGGACUUCGUAGCCCGUAACGACGUCUUCCUCAAGGCCGCCCGGUCAAUCGCUGAGACCGCCGCUUUCCUCGAUGUCCCCUCCGACCACCCCCUUCCUUCGAAGCCCGUUGGCGCCGACCCCAUCGAGGUCUUCCCCACCGAGGCCCUCCUCUCCGCUCCUGUGAUCACCAUGCCCGAAGACGGAACGGAGCCCGCUCCCAUCGGCAAGAGCGGUGAAGCGCAGACGGUCCAGCAGCUUCUCCUUGCCUCGCUCGCCCAGACCGGAGAGAACCUGCAGCUCAAGCGCGCUGUCAGCUUCGCGGCUCCCUUCCCCGCCAAGCCGGACGUCCGCCUCGUCCCCGGCGCCUUCACCCACGGCUCGGGUGAAACUGGAAAGAUCGGAGGAAUUGUGGUACUCCGCGUUGAGGGUGACGCCGACAAGCCCAUCGCCGCUAUCAUGGCCGGUCCCGAGGGCGAGAAGCUCGACAAGGAGCUCCUCUCCCUUGCGCGCUCGCUCGCUCGCCAGGUCGUCGGCUUCCCUACGAAGGCCUUCCACCCGGGAGAGGGUGUCGCUCCGGAGGAGGCUCUUCUCUCGCAGCCGGCUAUGAUGCUCGGACAGGACAAGCCUGUUGAGGAGGUGAUUGUUGACUGGGGCAACGACCGCGGCGUCAAUGUACAGGUCGUCAGCAUGCGCCGCUGGAGCGUCGAUGAUGAGCUCCCCGCCGCUGAUGAUGCUUAA